GCCAUCAUGUCGCUUGUCAGAGCAGGAAGAUUCGCCUGUGUCCGUGCCGGCAGGUUCGUCGCACCUGUCAAUGCGCGUUUUGUGUCCACUGAGACCGGUCGAGGCGACCCUUCCCGCACAUCCAGCACUUCUGAUGCCCCGACCACUCCUCACCAGGAGAGCACCAUGAUCCGGAAGGAGAGCCCUUCCGAGGCCAUGGCUCGCCAUCAGCCCGAUUACGAUGCCACCAUUGAUCACGCCACCUCGCAAUUCUCCCCUGUGCCCAAGCGCGUCAUGGAUGGCAGUGAGCCCGGUGCUACUGUUGCCGCCGCUGUCCUGUCCGGUGCACCCACCGAUCUCCAGGCCCGUACGGUCCGGAUCUACCGCCAAGCGAAGCCCGCCACGCAGUCUGGAACCUGGCGUGCCCACCACUGGAGAAUGGAUUGGGAUAUUCUGCAGAGGGGACAUCGCUGGGAGAACCCCCUGAUGGGCUGGCAAUCCUCGGCUGAUUGCAUGCAGGGCACCCACUUGAACUUCAAGACCAAGGAGGAUGCUAUCCUGUUUGCUCAGAAGCAGGGAUACGAAUACUUCGUGCAGGAGCCUAAUGAGCGCCGCUUCGUUCCCAAGGCCUACGCUAACAACUUCGUUCACGAACCGAAGAAGAUCAAGCACAUCAAGACUAAAUGAUUGGGGGUUUCGGUGUAUCAUGUACAUAAGUGCAGGUCUUUAUUCAGGUUCUGGGUUGUGCUAGGUGAUAAAUUAUUUCUACAUGUUUCAUUCUUACUGCCAGCUCAUGGCGUUGAAAUUUCUUAAUGAGCUUCUAACCAAACUAACACAUAGGAAGUGUGUGGUAUAUCAAACGAGCUUUGGGAUGCCGAAGUGUAUCUUGUGAUUUCCAAAGGGAUGAUAUCCUGCUUGAUCUCCCGUGAGUAAUUGCAGGUCCAUUGAGUCAAUCCAAUGGUCAGGUCGAUCUGCAACGUAUUUCAUGUCAGACCGCCUAUCAGGACAAGGAGCUCUUGUUCCUCGCCUAAGGCAUCUGCUUCGCGGUUCGUUGUUCGGUAGGCUUGGUAAUUGGCCAACCAUGAUAGCGAGGAACCUAUAAUAAGCUCUAAUAUGGAUUGAUUAUGUCGAUCAGAUAUGAGGUUCUGGAUUAGUGCAUAUGGAAUGCUAUCC